AUGUCUGACCCGGAAGACCGUCUCUUCGACAGCGAUGACGACGAUCUCGCCACCUUCACCUUUCAAGGUGCCGCUGCUGCUCGAGAUGGCGAUCAAGACGAGCCUCGUCCUUUCGAUCUUGCCGAUGUUCCUGCCUCGGUCGAGGCAGAAGAUGCCUUGCCUCAGAGCCAGAUCUUUCGAGUCUCUCUUCAUGACCCAGGAUGGUCGCACGUUCCACCGGUCGUACCUGGGAGCAGACAAAGGACCUUCAAAAAGGGAGACAAAGCCGCCGCAAUAAAUUUAUUGCAUCGUCGCUCCCUUCUUCGCUUCGACAACGACUUGUGCUACGACAACGAAGACCAGAUGCUCUUGUGGGACGCCUCCAAUCAUUUCCUCGACUUUUGCCUCAUCGUAGGGGGAUCCAUUGGUUUGCACGCCUUGCUUCCGAACAAGCUCGUCGACCACACCUUUUCCAUCGCCCUCAACCUCUGUCUCCCCUCCCGUCUCUUUUGCCCCAAGUUCGGCAAGUUGGGCUUCGAUCCUACCGGGUGCAUGAUGGCCAUCGGCACCGGCCCUGCAUGCCAAUUCUGGUUGGCUUUUUGCCCGCAAGAAAACCUCGAUGACCUCGACAUCGCGAACAACGUCCCCCUCCUCAGCGAAAGACAACACGGCGACACCAGACUCUCCUCCUCUCACUUCCGCAUGGCCGUCAUGUUCAUGGCUUACGCAUUGUCCAGAAUCCCCAAUCUCCCCAUCUACGUCAUGCACCAUUACGGCACCGAUGACGACCUAAGCGCCUGGAGAAUCAAGGAUGUCUCCAACAUAUACUCGCAGGCAACUUGGGACUUGCGUCUCACAGAUUUGCAGGAGCUCAACAACAUAAUCGCAUCAGACUGGGAACAGUGGGUCGCAGAUGCACCCCGCUCUUGGAAAAAGGAUGGCUGGCUUCUCAGUCGCACCCCAGUAGCCAUCACCUGCCGUUACGGCCAGAACCAGCCGAUUGCAACCGCAACAGACCAAGCACAAGUCCUCGAAGCAAAGAAUUGGCACGCCGAGAGAUCGUAUUCCAACAUAAGGUACAUCUCCGUCGCUAUCGCCACAGACGUCUCAUGCUUGAGGGUCAAACGCUGGGAAGAGGUCCCAAAUGAAGACAUCAUCCUCCAGCAUGGCGUCGUCUACGACUCCCCAGACCCAGACGUCCGCGAAGAGGUAGACCUCGACCUUCUCCCUCAUCGCGAUCCACACACCACCCGCGAAAAUAACGUCUACGAGGAGAAUGGACGUCGCAUCCCUCGCCUCCAUGGUAAGAGUCGUCGCAACACCAGACCUUGCGGUCUCCUCGUCAACUUGGAGACAAUCUCCGAGUUGUUCUCCUCUUACAUUCCAGACCAUCCUGACGCUGCCACCGACGAAGACGCUUACGCAGGAGAACACACCUCCACCCCUUCCGUCUCCGUCUACCCCCAGGCUUUCCUUCGCACCAUGGGUCACAUCCAAUGCGACGCUGUCCUUCCCCACUUCGCCCCUUUCAUCUCAGACAUCCGUCGUGCCACAUCCCGUAGACCUCGUGUAGUCGACUUGGACGACGACCAACCUUUGCCAGACGAGUACGACGUCUUCGGCGAGUCUCUCGAUGGCACCCAGGGCGUUCCCCCAGUCGUCAUUCCAAGCGCAUGCCAGUUCUAUAACGAGCUGUCCCAUCGCAUCCGUCCUUCCGCCGCUCUUCACGACGUGCAACAAGGCCGCAUCACUUCUGCUCUCGCAGGCGCAUACGGCAACGCCGCAACAAAGGUCACUCACAACACCAGAGUCCGUGAAUGCAAGAUGGCUCUUCCCCAUCAAAAAUACGACAACAAGAUCGCUCUCGACGACGUCCCUCGUGCCUUGCGCCUCGAAAACAUUUACAUCAUACAGUGCGACUCAAUCAAGCCCGAAAAACGCAACGGAAUGUCCAUAUAUAAAGACAUAAUCGUUCCCCUCGCGCGCGCCUGGUCUCAUCCCCACCUCUUCCAAGUCCUUCGCCCCCAUCUGUGCGUCUUCGCUUCCCAUGUGAGUAUCGUCUUUCCUUCCUCUCAUUUCUCAUUUCUCAUCUCAUCUAUAAUUCUUUUGAUUCCUCGUCGUGCUCCUUCUCGCCGUUUUUGCAUCCUCGUCUCCCUCGCCGCAUCCCAGGCUUUCCCUCAAGUAUAUCAGUGGACCACCUUCGGCAUCACUUCAUUGCUCGAACGCUUGUGGGCUCACCAGCUUCCCAUUUUGGAAGCUGGUAAUAAGCCCAGACAUGAGGUCGUCGAGCUAUGCUCCGUUCUCGAACGCGCCCUCGCUUACGCCCACACCGGCAACGCCAGAGUCAUCGCCUCCAAGCUCAUGAGGCCCUUGUGGUUGGUUCAGAGCCUCUUCGAGCAGGGCCUCCCGACCUUUUCCCCUUCCGUGCGUAUGACCACUUCCAUCACGAAUCCCAUCGCCAUCAGCUCCGCCGAUUGGCCCACUUCCGACAAUCUCAACGUCCCCGCCAUCGCAUCCAAGCAUUCUCAAGCGUACAAAGCCGGCUUUCAUAUAGAACUGUCCAUCAACAAACUAUCUCCCAACGUCUUCCUCCGGUACACCACCCAGGAGCGCCACUGCAUCGUCAUAGCUUUGGUCGCCUUGCGCUCUUACAUCGCCGACGUCAAGACCCUGGUCGCCACAGCCAUCAAGAAAGAAUGCGCCAGCGGCGCCAAGGACAUGGACAUGGACGUCGACGACGUCGGUCCCAACAGAGACAAAGACCGUUUGAAGUCUUUGCAGAGGUGGUUGGCGUGCGAUCAUCCCCUCGGCUACAAGGAAAAGGCUUACGAGCAUCUCCUUCGAUGCAUCGUCGUCGACCCCGACGACUUUUCAGAUGGCCUUCCCAAUUCCUCGAAGGAGAAGUUGAGCGUCCAUGACUUCGCCGUUCGCAUAUGCGCCAUGACUCGCGUCGAAUCCCCGACCUCUGUCGCCGCUCCUCUCAUUUUCACUGCUCCCUCCACCGCCGUCUUUCGCAUCGCGUAUGCUCGCAUGCUCAAAUACGCCCCUUCCAACUCUCCCGCUGCAGCGGAGAAAUGCAUCCAACGUGCCUACAUCAUCGCAGCCAACACUCUUCAGAUUCAGCACAUCCCCUGGCACGCAUCGCAUACAGCAGGAAGGGGUCGUCCCUCGCGAAAGGCAGUGCACAGCUCAUGGGUCAAUCUCGGCAAGUCUUCCGUCCUCGACCCUGCUGCCUCCAUCGCAGGUCGCAACGCCUCUCGCCCCCUCGAUAUGGCAGCUGAGGCGGCCAAGAAAGCCCAGGCUUCGGACGCCCGUGCCCCGUGGGCGGUCGAAUCCAUCACCCUUCAGUCUCUCCCCGAUUUCUUCGCUCGAGACUGUCUGCCCGACGAGUUCACCCUCGACAACAUAGAGUGCAGCGGCGACCCCAUGCUCACCGAGAUAUACGAGUGGGCGUUCGCGAAUUAG